ACGAGUUUAAUCUGCCAGAGGGAGAACUAGAAGAAAAGAAACAUGGAGCGACACCAAAAUCUGUAAAGAUUACUGACCGCAGUUUUUCUUUACCUGCCAUAUUAUAUUAAUGACAGCCGAGUUCAAAUGGACGAAAACCAUUCUGAGGCCACGACUCCUGGAAGAAAAGGCAAUCUGACCGGAAGUGCCAGAAAACUGAAGGACAAUGCUGCAGACUGGCAUAACCUUAUCCUGAAGUGGGACCGUCUGAAUGAUGAGGGAUCGACCAUUGCAACUAGAAUCGUUAACUACAGAAUAAGUGAAAAGUCUGUGAAAGAGCCUGAUGUUGUGAUGGAAGAGGACGGCUCAUCUGUAGCUGCUUCAGAGAGAAGAGUGAAUCAGAGCAGUCAGGAGCUACAGGAGGAAUGUGUCAAUCUACAGAAUAUUGUAGACAAAAUGGCCCACAUUCUGUCAAAAAUGGAGAAGAUGGUCUCUGCUGAGAAGGGAAUAUGUGAACUGGAGAUGUUUCAGUAUGGUGCGAAAGGAAGACCAGCACCACUGUUUCAAACUUGGACUACCCAACAGUUUGCCGAAGCGUCAUCCAGGAUUUACGAGGCCUACAAGCAGGAGCUGGCCCUCAAGCAAACCAUCCUGCAGGAACUGGCCCACACGACUAACACUGAUCUCUCCAUGGUCUACCUCUCCUCCUGGUUGUAUCAGCCCUACAUUGAGGACAGCACAAAACUUCUGUUAGAGAGCUUACUAAUGGAAACAGGUCACAGAGCGCUAUGAUUCAGAUUGGUGGCAGGUUCUCCACACUGCACCAGGACUUCAUUUAAAAAAAAAAAUCAUGGAAAGUUAGAGCAGAGGAAUUUCCCAUAAAUAUAGGAUUUCAAAACCGGAGAAACUCGUUUUUUCUAGAAGCCAGAAACAUUUUAAUUGCUAAUGGAACAUACUGAAAUGGUACCAUGGGUAUGCUGGGAUUAGCUUGCAUGUGGAUUACACAGCAUACUGUGGGGUCGUACAGUUGUUGGCCUAGUGAAAAAUGGCUAUCAAUCAUGACAAUUGUGUGACUAUGGUGUGAUGUUUUUCAAAAGUAUGUACUGGGCCAGUUUCCCAGACCCUGAUGAAGGCUAAGCCUAGGCUAAAAAGAAUUUUCAAUGGUGAUUCCCCAUUGGUGCUUAGUGCAACACUGCUUAUUCCACAUCCAAAAAAGAGGCUCAUUAUCAAGUUGGAAAGUUCAGCAAUCAGCUGAGAAAGAGCUCAUACAUUAAGACAAAUCUUCACUGAACUGCAAGUCAGAUGGAACCAAAACCUUGACAGGCCUCAGUUUUCAGCAUUUAAAGAAUGAUAAAUUCAGUCUUCACUACUUUUUUUGCUCGGCCUGGCAAAGCUUAAAAAAAAGCAAGUUUGCCAGGCUGAUGUGUGGAUUGUUAUAUUUACUACACAUUUUGCCUUAUGCAUUUAGCAAAAUGGCAAAUGGCAAAAAUGCAUUGGCAAAAAUUAUGGAAACACAAUCUAAAUGAUACAUUAACAGCCCAUUAAGCCCAUUUCUGCAUUUCUUUUGUAUCCAAAUAUAUAUCCGGUUCUGUUAUUUCUAGGUUUUACACAAUGCAGCUUCUUUCAAACAAACAAAUUUACCUAUAAACAAUUACGUUUGAGUGGUUUUCUUUUUGCUAUAGCUUUUACAAGGCUAUCUCUUGGAAAUUAUUGUUUCAGUACUGAACAAUGCUCUUUCUGUGCAGAAUGGAAUGUUGAAUGGAAUUUUGGAAGCUCUUGAUCAUUUUUCAAGUGGUUAUACUUGAAACAUCUGUCAGUUCUCAUUAUGUCAUAAUUGUGAUAUAUAUUUAUACCAUCAAAUACACAAGUAUAAAGUUUUAGUGUUUCUAUUUUCAUUUCUACAAUCUGCAGUGGGGUGACUUGCCCAUUUAAGCAAUUGAGCACUGCUUAAUUAAAAUAAACAACAAAUCUAU